UCCGCUCGGCCGUGGAGGCGCCCGGGCAGCCAUGGCCGGCCAGGAGCAAGGCGCCCCCGGCAGCCCCUACGACGCCAUCGUGGUGGGCGCCGGGAUCCAAGGCAGCUUCACGGCCCUCCACCUCGCCCGGCGCGGGCAGCGCACCCUCCUGCUGGAGCAGUUCCGCCUGCCCCACACCCAGGGCAGCUCCCACGGCGAGAGUCGCAUCAUCCGCACCGCCUACCCGCAGGACUAUUACACGGCCAUGAUGGCAGAGGCCUUCCCUCUCUGGGCACAGCUGGAGGCGGCGGCCGGGACCCGGCUGUACAGGCCGGCGCCGCUGCUCGUCCUGGGCCGGCCGGAGGACCCCCAGUUCCGCGGCUACCGGAGCACCAUGGAGCGCCACCACGUCCCGGGGGAGGUCCUGUGCCCCGAAGCCCUGGCCCAGCGCUUCCCCGGGCUCUGCCCGCACGGCGGGGAGAUGGCCGUGUGCGACCGGACCGCAGGGGUGCUGCACGCCAACAGGGCCCUGCGAGCCGUCCAGGACCAGUUCCGGCGGCUCAGAGGGACGCUGCGGGACGGCGAGGAGGUGCUCCGCAUCCAGCCCGGCGCUGUGGUCACCGUGGCCACGGGCCGGGGGGAGUACCGGGCCAGGCGCCUGGUGCUGGCGGCAGGCCCCUGGACCAACCGCCUGCUGGCCCCGCUGGGCCGGACCCUGCCCCUCCAGCCCCUGCGGAUCAGCGUCUGCUACUGGCGGGCCAAGGACCCCGGCGCCCGCAGCCUCGUGGAGCAGCUCCCGGCCUUCAUCGGCAUCCACCUCGGCGGCGGCAAGCGCGACAUUUUCGGGUUGCCGGCCGGCGAGCACCCGGGCCUCGUCAAGAUCUGCUACCACCACGGCUCAAGGGUGGAUCCAGACGACCCCGGCCAGCUGGACCGCUCCGCCACCCCAGUCCCGGACAUCCCGAUCCUACAGGACUUCCUGAGGAAGUAUCUGCCAGGGCUUGACCCCGAGCCAGCCCUGCAGGAGUGCUGCUUGUACACGAACACCCCAGAUGGGGACUUCGUGCUGGACCGGCACCCCCGUUUUCAGAACAUCGCCAUUGGAGCAGGGUUUUCGGGACACGGGUUCAAGCUGGCGCCAGUGGUCGGGAAGAUCCUGAGCGAGCUGAGCCUGGGCGAAGAGCCUUCCUACAACUUGGCGCCGUUCCGGAUCAGCCGCUUCCCGACGUCCCCAAAAGCCUCGCUCUGAGCGUCCCGCAGCUGUGACACGCGGACCGGGAAAGCGGCCAACAUCCCUCCUGAACUGGCUUCAUGCCUCGAGCCACCUGUGCUCUGCUCUCCACGCCGGCCGGGUGGCCACUCUCUUUCGGGGCUGGACCAUCCCCAACGGGCCCGCAAUCCAGCCAAGAGGAUUUCGGACUCGAGGCCCCGCCCCCGGCCCAUCUGCCCCAGCUGGCGUCCGACUGCAACACCCAUCAGCCCAAGAUCCAUUAAGGAAAGGGCACGGGAAUCUGGCACCGCCCCUCGGCCUCCGCGCCGCGGCCCAAAGUCGUGCGAGAAGCUCAAAGUCAUUGAGCGUUCGAAUUCAUUAAAAAAGAGGGCCCCCCCCCUCCGCGGCACACUUCACAGGCUCGAGCAAAAUGUUUUAAAGUUAAAUGUUCCGUUUUAUUAUCAUUAGAUGGCUUAGCUUAAUAGAGGCGCAUUACCGCCACGCCGGCUCCACGGCCCCCGGCCGGAUCGGGGGGGGGCCCACUGCAGCAAAGCCGCUGGGGCUGGGGGGGCUGCAAGAGACCCGAGCCCCCGCUCCUCCCGUCGUGCCCCCCCAAGUGCCCAAGCAGCCUCCCCUUUCCCUGGCCUGGGAGCAGCUUCUCUCCGAACCCGCCUCCCUCGACUGCGCGUCUGCCAGAUGUUCUGGACUACAGCUCCCAUCCGCCCCAGCCGGCCUGCUCGUGGCGGCUGGGGCUUCUCAUGAUGACGUGGCCCGACGCCUCUGUCCUGCGUGGUGCCCCCAAGAGGCAGCCCCCCGCAGCACCGAGGAGAUAAGAGGGGCCACACCGAUGUUGGCGCUGUGUUGCCAUGGCAUUUCCUCCCGCUGCAAACCUCGUGCAAAAUCCAGAUAUUUCUGCAGCGGGGCGGGGGGGGUCGAGUAAGCCUUCGGGAGCCCCCGAACGUUUCGACCAGUCCCUUCUCCCCGCGGGUCUUCGCAUGGCUUUGCGUUCCCACAGAGCGUGAGCAGAGGGGCGCUUUUCCAGGGAAAGCCACAGAGCCCCAAGGAACCCGGGGUGGGGCUGAGGGGCGGGGGGAGCGCCGUCCAGAGCCCCCGGAGGAGGCCGGCGAGCGAGCCCGAGCCAGCGGAGGGCUGGGGGCACGUGGCCAGCCGAGGGCAUCGCCUGCGGGCGGCCGGUGAAGGGACAACCGGCGAGGCCCCGAGCCGGGGGGGGGAGCCGGGGGGGGUCCCCGUCCUUCUGGCCACACA